AUGUGCUUUUUAUUGACUUUAGCCAGUCGAUGGUGGAAUCGAGAGGAAUUUAUGCAGGUCUUCGACGAGUUCCGUCGUCAGUACAGCCCGGAGAUACUUCCGUACUGCCGGAGAAGAAUCCUUAGCAAGAUAUUGUGCGCCACAACGGUGGAUACUAUGCAUAUUGUGAUCACUAUGCUUAGGAUGCGGAAGCACCUAACUUUGUCCGUGGCCCUUGGCACAUGCGGUCUCUUUAGCACGACAGUCGUUGUACAUGUGAUUAUUAUGCAGUACUUUAUGGCCAUGGCGAGUAUUCGGGGACGAUAUAUCCUCCUGAACAAAGAAUUGCAAGCGCUUAUAUCAGAAACUCGAUCCCUGAGUCCCAACCGUAUUGGGGAUGGGGUUUUUAUAACCAAAUGUUGCAGCCUGGCCGAUCGCUUUGAGAAAAUAGCUAAGUCCCAAUCUGAUUUACAAGCGUUCAUCGAUCGUUUGACUAGAGUCUACGAAGUUCAGCACUGGUACCGAUGGAUCGAAAACGGCAGUGACCUCUGCGACCUUUUCAAAAAGGUAGACUCCCAGGAUCAAGCUGUAGUGCUGGGAUAA